AUGGAACGGUCCAGAUUCGUGAUCGAAGCAUCGGAGGCGGAAUCGAAGGCGGAGAAGGCAGGGCUGACGGUGAUGCAACUCUUGCCGUCUCUGGUGAAUUCAGCCCAGAAGCUGGCUCGUCCACCCAUAUCCAAGUACCACGUCGGCGCCGUCGGGCUGGGAUCCAGCGGCCGGAUCUUCCUCGGCGUCAACCUCGAAUUCCCUGGCCUCCCCCUCAACCACUCCGUCCACGCCGAGCAGUUCCUCAUCACCAACCUCUCCCUCAAGGCCGAGACCCAUCUCCGCUGCCUGGCCGUCUCCGCCGCCCCCUGCGGCCAUUGCCGCCAAUUCUUCCAGGAAAUUCGCGACGCCCCAGAUAUCAAAGUCCUCAUCACCUCCUCCUCAGAUCAAGAAUUUCGUCCUUUAUCGGAGUUUCUCCCUAAUAGGUUCGGUCCCGAUGACCUCCUGGACAAGGAUACGCCGUUGCUGUUAGAGCCACAGAACAACGGAUUAUCACUUGUAAAUGCAAUCGGUUCUCAGUUGGUCAACACAGGCUGCAAUGGGGUUUGCGCCUGUGAUCAAGACUCAUUGAAAUAUGAGGCGCUUGAGGCUGCAAACAAGUCUCAUGCUCCAUACAGUGGGUGCCCAUCUGGGGUGGCACUCAUAGACUCUGAGGGCAGGGUCUACAGAGGCUCUUACAUGGAGUCUGCCGCUUAUAACCCGAGUCUGGGGCCGGUUCAGGCGGCCUUGGUCGCGUAUAUUGCAGGUGGGGGAGAUGGGUAUGAGGAGAUUGUGGGUGCAGUGUUGGUGGAGAAGGAAGAAGCACAGGUUAAACAAGAGCAGACUGCUCGGUUACUGUUGAAUUUGAUUUCACCCAAAUGUGAGUUUCGUGUCUUCUACUGCAGUUCAGCUUCUAAGAAGCCUUAGAUCGUGAUGUGAGUAAUGUAUUUACAGUCAUUUGCAAAAAGAAUUGAAUCAGAUGAAUGAAUGGAGGAUGAUAUGUUUAUCCCUCCAAUUUGAAUAA